AUUGAUGGAGGGUGGGGCCCAAGAUGCUGGCUCCCAGCCUGGGCAGGCUCAGCACAGCAGGGGUGGCUGAGGGAUGAGGCCCAGCCCGCCCCUCUGCCUCACCUCCUUUCCCUGAGGUAUAUGAGCUGAGCCCAGGUGAGCUGGCUCCUUCUGUCCAAUCUCAGCAGCUGCUAGCAGGUAGAUCAUGAGCCAUCAGCUCCUCUGAGGCAGGCUGUAGGACGACGCAUUUCUCACCAAAGGGCCAAGUGCCUGGGCACCAUGGGACAGUGUCGGUCAGCCAACGCAGAGGAUGCCCAGGAAUUCAGUGAUGUGGAAAGGGCCAUCGAGACCCUCAUCAAGAACUUCCACCAAUACUCAGUGGAGGGUGGGAAGAAGACUCUGACUCCAUCUGAGCUCAGGGACCUGGUCACUCAGCAACUGCCCCACCUCAUGCCGAGCAAUUGUGGGUUGGAAGAGAAAAUUGCCAACCUGGGCAACUGUAAUGACUCUAAACUGGAGUUCAGAAGCUUCUGGGAGCUGAUUGGAGAAGCAGCCAAGAGCGUGAAGCUGGACAGUCCUGUUUCGGGGAGUUGAAGACCCCCUCCUGGGAUUCUUGGGGGCAUGUUGGGGAGAGGGCAUUUUAGAGACUGUGGGCUUGGAAAUAAAAUUUUUCUCCAGCAUUA